UGUCAUUUUAAACUUAUCGUAUUUCAGCUUUUUCUCGUUUUUAUCUCUUUUCCUUUUAUUUAUUAUUUUCUCCUGUUUUUCUCUCAUUCCAUUUCCACUUUCCCUUCUUACUUAUUCUUGUUACCCAAUUUUAUAUUUCUUUAUUCGUUCCUUACUUGCUCUCUUCUUUUCAUUUUACGAGGAACAUAACUGUGUUUGUUGCCAUGGACACAAUGAAGCCAUCCUUAACGCAAUGCAAAUACUUGGUCUCCCUACGUUGUACUCCAUCUUGCAACUUUUUGUACGAGUCAUCGCAGAUUAUUACGGUUCGUACUUUGCUUCUUUUGUGUUCACAAAAUCAAAAACACUUUGUAUCUUAUUAUUUUGUUUGUCGAGAUCACCACGCUCCAUUUAAAGGAACGUUCAUUUGUUACCCGAGAAACGGUCCUGCCAGUGAGAGGACGCUAAUGUGUUCCAUCGAAAAGCAGCCCCCCACUAUCUCAUGGACUUUCUUAUAUAAGACAAGCGAACAACUAUAUAAUCUCGGACAUUCCUCGUUGCAUCAGGUUAUCUUAUUCAAUGUCUCGCUAUUAAAGGGUGUAUUUUAAUAUAUCAGUGUACUCGGACAUUAAAAUUAUCUCAUAUGAUCUGUCGGUAUAUCGAGCUGUGAACUCCUGUGGAUUUGUGUCUCAGAAGGAUUUACUAUAAGCUCAUCGAUAUUUAUUCCACUACUAAACAUUUAAAUAAAUUCGACAUCUGACACCACUCAACAAAUAAAAGAGAAGAAGAUGUCUGCUUGCAAAGCCAUUAAGCAAAUUGCGCUGUUAGCAGUCUCCUGUGCGUUGGUCAGUAGUUACAUGGUUGAGUCACAGAAUCAGUGGACCAAAAGUGUAUCAGGAGACGGUAACAACAUUGCAGACGAUUUGAGCGAAACAAUUGAAAAUCUUUCUGGAAGUGUUAAUAUCUAUAGGGGUGUUGCAGGAAGUUUAAGUGAAUCAUGGAACUCAUGUCCAGAUGAUGAGGAACUCUCAAGGAAUUCCUCCAUCACCUGCCACGGAGUGAAGAUUGUGAGAAGAGUUAUGGCACAGUUGCUGGAUAGUCCUAGGAACUUUCAGCUGACAGACGGGGUUCAGCUGGUCAGGAUAGCCACUUCAGAUUCCGGAGAGGUAUCCUCAGAACCAACCUUCAGAAGUCUGCAGAAGGAUAACGGGAGUUUACUGUCGAGGGCCAAGAAGUUCCUCAGUAAUCAUGAGCUCAGGAUACGACUACCGGAUCUCCUUCCUUCCAGCGGGGAGUGGUCGCGCAUUCUAGAGCAGCUCGGAGCCGACAAAGAAGGUUCCAGUGCCAGGAAGAAAGACAAAGGAGGUAACGGAGGGUUGCUGGCUCUUGGUCUCAUGAUGAAAGGCAUGUUGACCGCCCUGGGUUUGGGCGGACUCGGGCUACUGGCAAUGAAGGCUCUGAUGGUCAGUGCCAUGGCCUUGCUGCUCUCCGCGGUCAUCGGAAUCAAGAAGCUCGCCUCAAAGGACGAUGACCACGGGAGCGGUCACGUUGUGCAGGUCGUACCAAUGCACUCCGGCGGUGAACAUGGACAUUACAGGAAGAAGAGAUCGUCGACAGAUGGCGAUGUCGACGACCCAGCCUGGUUAGCCUAUCGAGGCUACAAACACUUGUUCAUGCAACCUUAAUAUAGUUGCUGUAUCAUAACGCUAGGUUAAGGUCAGGACCACAUAUUUAUAUGUAUUUUACAAACUUAAGUAGGACUGUCAGUAUAAAGUAAGGUAUCACCUGAGCUGAGGUUUCGAUAACUUCAAAUGCUUUGAAAUUAUUUUUUGGCAUAUUUACGCCGUGCGAAAAUAAGAUAAUUAUAAAGUUGGUAAAUUAUUUAAAUCGGCGAGUGUAUAAUCUAUGAGUAUUUGUUAAAGUGUUUUGUAAAACUGUAUCACCGACAUAUGAAAUUAAUUAACGUGUACCAAAUAAAUGGGGUUUAAGAGUGAAAACUGAGUUCAAAUGACUUAGAAGAAGCCCAGUGACUGGGGCUUCUACAUAUGGUAAAUAAUCUUCGGAUAAAUAGGAUUUUAG